AUGCCUCUCAACGAUCUGAAGCCUACUCGUCACUUCUUUCCUUCAUAUAAUCUGGGGGCAAUUCCAUCAACCUCUCUACCAACCACAGGCCACCAAGUCUCGGCUCCUGGCUUAGUUCCACUACCUCCAACGUCGCAGGGUUCGGUCCUCCAUCCUACCAUAGCCCCUCCAUCGCAUCCCGUUGGCCCUAUUACUCCUGGCGCUCUCAAUCAUCAUCACCACGCGCAUCACUCACAUCCACACCAACAGCAACAGCACCAUAUUACCCAUCAAGUGCCCCACACACAUCAUCCAGACCAGUCACCAUCUGCACAGCAUCCAUCUCAUCUUCAGCACCCGACGCCCUCCAUGCAUCCUCAUGACCACCGUCAACAACAGCCACCACCUCAGCAACAGCGGCAUCAGUAA